GCUUUGCACCCUUGUGCUGAACCCCCCAGGUGUGAAGUCGAAACCAUGUGAGGGCCCCUUCCCCUGCUUCCCUUGACCCCCGUCUCGGGUGAAUUGCUGCUGAGCCCGAGGUGCCAGCCACCAUGAUGUUCCGGGACCAGGUGGGCAUUCUCGCUGGCUGGUUCAAAGGCUGGAAUGAAUGCGAGCAGACAGUGGCCCUGCUGUCGCUCCUCAAGCGUAUCUCUCGCACCCAAGCCCGCUUCCUGCAGCUGUGCCUGGAGCACUCGCUGGCAGACUGCACUGAGAUUCACGUUCUGGAGUCUGAGGCCAACAACGCAGCCAUCAUCAGCCAGUGGCAUCAGGAGCCCAAGGACAAAGUGGUCUCCCUGCUCCUCUCCCACCUGCCCCUUCUCCAGCCUGGCAACACCGAUGCCAAGUCGGAGUACAUGAAGCUCUUGCAGAAGGUGCUGGCCUACUCCAUCGAGAGCAACCUUUUCAUAGAGGAGAGCCGGCAGCUCCUCUCCUAUGCCCUGAUCCACCCGGCCACCACACUGGAUGACCGCAACUCUCUGGCUCUCUGGCUCAACCAUCUCGAGGAACGUCUCUCCAGCGGCUACUCUGGCCAGGGCAGGGGUCGACCCGACACGGCCUAUCACUCACGCCAGGGCUCAGAUGAGUGGCAAGGCCCGGUGGAUGCAGGCCUCGGGGAACUGGGGCACAGCUGGCAGGAGAAGCCUCCACGAGAAAAUGGGCACAUGUCGUUCCACUCUUCUGGUUCAGUGCCGUCAGCCAUCAACAGCAUCGGGAGCAACACUAACACAGCUCUCCCCUGCCAAAUCCACCCCAGCCCACUGAAGCGCUCCAUGUCCCUCAUCCCCACCAGCCAGCAGGUCCCCGGCGAGUGGAUGAGUGUGGAGGAGAUGGGGGCUCGGUCCGCCUUCAUCCCCGGUGGGGAACAUGCCCCCCUCUCACCCCAGAGCAGCGUGGCCUCUUCAGGCAGCGAGCAGACGGAGGAGCAGUCAGGCAGCCGCAACACCUUCCAGGAGGACGGCAGCGGCAUGAAAGAUGUCCCCUCGUGGCUGAAGAGCCUUCGCCUCCACAAAUAUGCAGCCCUUUUUUCCCAAAUGACCUAUGAAGAGAUGAUGACCCUCACAGAGCAGCAUCUGGAAUCACAGAACGUGACCAAAGGAGCAAGGCACAAAAUAGCUUUGAGUAUCCAGAAGCUGCGGGAAAGGCAGAGUGUCCUGAAGUCUCUGGAGAAGGACAUCCUAGAAGGGGGGAACCUGUGGAACGCCCUCCAGGAACUGCAGCAGAUCAUCAUCACGCCCAUCAAGGCUUUCCACACCCUGCAGUCCAUGGCAGCCUCCAAGGAGGGCCAGCCACUGGCAGGGGAACCACGCGGGGGCCCCAAGCUAGGCUUGGAGAAGACCAGCAACGGGACCGAGGCUAAGGAGCCCGCAGCUGAUUCCUUCCCGCCCCCAACGGGCUCUCCUUGCGACGGGGAGUCGGGAGCUGCGCCUAUCGCUGAGGGAGACAUUGCAGGGCAGUUCACACGGGUGAUGGGCAAAGUGUGCACGCAAUUGCUGGUAUCCCGGCCAGAUGAGGAAAACAUCACCAGUUACCUCCAGCUGAUAGAGAAGUGCCUGAUGCAUGAGGCAUUCACAGAGACGCAGAAGAAGAGGCUGCUGUCCUGGAAGCAGCAGGUUCUCAAGCUACUCCGGACAUUUCCAAGGAAGGCCGUGCUGGACAUGCAAGGCUACCGUCCGCAAAAAGGAUGGGCCUUUGGCUCCAACUCUCUCCCCAUAGCUGGAUCUGUGGGGGUGGGGGUGGUACGCAGAGGUCAGCGGCAGUUCCAGAUGCCCCCCCGUGCCAUCCCCCCAAGCCGUAUGGGGAUCCUGAGUCCCGCGGGGAUCGGUGGCAUCUCUCCUCGGCAUUCUCUCGCCAGUCCAAACCUGGGGAGCCAAGGGCGGCAGAAUCUGUGGUUUGCCAACCCCGGGGGAAGCAACAGCAUGCCCGGCCAGAGCCGCAGCUCGGUCCAGCGGACCCAUUCGCUCCCCGUCCACACAUCCCCGCAGGCCAUCCUCAUGUUCCCACAGGAUUGCCAGCUCCCUGGAACAGACCUGGAGAUCAACCCCACGCUGGAGUCGCUGUGUCUCAGCAUGACAGAGCAUGCGCUGGGUGAUGGCAGCGACAAGACGUCUACCAUUUGAAAGAAGCUGGACCGGCUGGUGUACCUGAGAAGCUUUAGGGGGGCUGUUUUUAUUUUUUUCCCUUUUUUGUGUUAACCCCUCCCCUUGGGUGGGU